CGGGGGCUACGACAUGCGGAACUCUUGGCUGGGGUGCCUUGUUCUCACCCGGCGCGGUUUUAGCUGCGGCGCGGCGGCGGCCGGCAGAUCAUAAUUUUGGAGGAUUGCAGCACUGAGAUCUCUGGAGUCUGCUGUGUCUAGCCAUAAUGAGUUUGGUUGCUUAUGAAGAUUCAGACUCUGAGACAGAAGCUGAAAAGACUGAAGCCCCCAAUUCUUCUGGCAGACAAACAAACCAGCCGAGUUCUUCUGUGAGUUGUGUUCAGCACUUUGCACCUGGUAGCACAAAAUCUGCAUAUGAAAUGCACCCUGCUGGGAGCACUGGCAGGAGCAGGGUUUGGGAAGAUCCCCCUGAGCGUUAUGCACAGAAUAACAACACUGACUUGGCACCUCCCUACUGUCCCAGGGUGUACUCUGGCCAUGCUGCAUUAUCUGUGGCUUACAAAAACUAUGAACAGGCUUCAAGCUCUUCGAGAAAUUCUGGAAAUGGCUUUUCCCAGAAGAGAACACAUGAAGACAGCACUACUACCCUGAAAGGAAUUAGGCCAUAUAUCCCUAAACGACUGCGUCAAGAAAAUUCCAGUAAGCCUGAAAAAGAAGAAUCUGACCAGAGAGGUAGCUCAGAUUGUGAUGUUAAGUUUAGUAUAUCAGCAGAGCAGACUUUGAGAAAGAUCUCUGAAUUAAUUAAGCCAUAUUUGGGAUCUAAGUAUAAAGUGACUGAAGUUCCAAAAAGCUUAAUAUUUUCCAUGUCUAAACACAGCGGCCCUGUUAAUGAAAUCCAGUGGUGUCCUGUACGGGAACAAAGUCACAUGCUUCUCUCAGCUUCUAUGGACAAAACAGUCAAGGUAUGGGAUGCUGUAGAUACAGGCUGCUGUUUAAAAACCUACUCCUGUCACUCCUGUGCUGUUCGGGCUGCCCGGUGGUCAUCCUGUGGAAGAAGGAUCCUCAGUGGGGGCUUUGAUUCCAUGCUGCAUCUAACAGAUGUAGAAACAGGGAAGCAGAUAUUUAGCAGCAAAACAGAAUUUAGGAUCAGUGCACUGAAGUUCCACCCUACAGAGUCAAAUGUUUUCAUUUGUGGAGGGUUCAGCCCAGAAGUUAAAGCAUGGGAUUUAAGGACUUCUAAGGUGUUGAGAGUGUACAAAGCUGCAGUACAACAGACCUUGGAUAUACUCUUCCUCCCUGAAGGAAGAGAAUUUCUUACCAGCACGGAUGCAGUAAGCCGAGACUCAGCUGAUCGCACCAUCGUUGCGUGGGACUUCCAAAGUGCUGCCAAAAUCUCCAAUCAGAUUUUUCAUGAGCGUUACACGUGCCCAAGUCUGACCCUGCACCCAAAGGAGUCUGUGUUUGUAGCUCAGACCAACGGGAACUACAUGGCUUUGUUUUCUGCCCAGCGACCCUACCGAAUCAACAAAAAGAAAAGAUAUGAGGGACACAAGGUGGAAGGAUUUGCAGUGGGCUGUGAAUUUUCUCCAGAUGGAACACUUUUGGUGACAGGAAGUUCAGAUGGCAAAGUGUUUUUCUACAACUAUCAUACUUCAAGGAUUAUUCGCACUUUGUCUGCACAUAAAGAAGCUUGUGUGAGUGCAAUAUUUCACCCAGUCCUGCCAUCACUCCUAGCAACAUGUGAUUGGGCUGGAGAAAUCAAGAUCUGGCAAUAACAAGCAGAGUUACUUUUUAGGAUGUCUCUCUCCUGUUAGUCUGUCAAAGGCUUAGGAAAUAAGCCAGAGUAUGGAAUGUGAAAUUCUGUUGGGAUAUGCUGUAAGCAGGAGAGAGACUGUUGUCUUUUCUUCUAUGACCCUUACAUUUAUGCUUUCAUAAUGCAGUUAAGAAGGUUUUAUGGUUAACUGUUGAGCAAAGGAGUGGUACUACUCUCUGCUUCAACCCUGGAGAUUUUAACCCUUUUGAGUCAAACUUCUGGUGCUCAUCCAGUCCCAUUCUGCUUUGAGCGAGCACCUAAAUUUAAGAGAAUUGUUGCUCUUUUAAUGCAUCUUUUCAAUGCAACUUUCUUAGACCAGGUUUAUCAUAGAAUAGUUUAGGUUAGAAAACACCUUUAAAAUCAUUGAGUCCAAGCUUUAACCCAGUACAGCCAAGUCCACCACUAAAUCCUGCAGUGCCACAAAUCUGCAAAUCUUUUAAAUACCUCCAAGGAUGGUGACCACCACUUCCAUGGGCAGCCUGUUCCAACGCCUGAAAACCCUUUGGCUAAAGAAGUUUUUUCUUUUAUCCAGUCUAAGCCUCCUCUGUCACAAUAUGAGACUGUUUCCUCUUGUCCUCACUAAAAAUUGAGGGCAUACUAUUUAACAGAGAAUGAUGUCCAGAUCAGUUAAUGAUCUAUUCUAUCUCCCUGAGAUGUUUUUUCCCAGUUUUUUGUACUAGUUUAGCUUCCUCGCCUGAUCACUGAAGGGUUAGAGAAGCAAUACUGUAGUUCAAGGCAAAAUAGCUUCUAUGCACAAGAAGGGGGAAGGUCACAGGGCAGGAGCUACUGCUUCUUCUGAUAAUGCACAGUCUAUUAUCAGCUCAACUUACUGUAAAAUGCCUUUUGAGAGUUCAGGGAAAGGUGUGGCAGAUAGCUUGAACCUAAUUUUGAGGUCAAUACAUUUGUGUUCUUGAAAUCCUGAUGUUUAAACUUGAGUUUUAAACUUUUAUGACUGUAUAAAAGCAAAAUGAAGCUAUGUAUAAAUAUUUUUAAGGAAAAAAUAAACUUUUUUUUUUUAAAUAAAUGCUAUCACUGUUUACUACUUUACUCCUAUUAUUCUUGACAAGUUACACAAGCCUAUAAUGGAUCAAUGCUUGGAGGUGAAAACAAUUAACAUAUUAGUCUAAUUUAUUGCAAACACAUGUGAAUUUCUCCAUAGUUCUUGAUGUUGCUUGGACACAGAAGAUGAUCAUCAUACUAUUCAAUGGAGGGGAGGUUCUUCAGCACUCACUAUUCUUCAGCAAAUAUAAAGCUCAUUAGGCCAUUACUAUGUGAUCACAUAUAUACAGAUUGUUUGUAAGUGUACCUUAAGUUUGUGUUUCCUGCAUUGUAUUACUUGGUUCUAGAAAAUAUUUAAUGUGCAUGUGUGUGUAUAUGUAUGAAAAAUAGUAUGUCUGUGCAUCACAUAAACCACAUAUAUUCCUAAUAAUGACUCCAUAUAAACAUGUAUUAUCUUGUAGUGAGUGCUAUAAGCUUGUCUUUGGUUAGUCUGGAAAGGUGUUUUAACAUACACAGGAUAAUUGUGCUGAGUAAAUUGUCUCUGUCAUGGAAUCCAGAAACCAUGUAUAGUAGCAACUUUUCCUCUCUAUCAUCUUUUUAUUAUUCUGAUUUUUUAUAUUGUCACAAAUGCAAGGGGUUUCUAGCCACUGGGGGUUUUUUGCACACUCAUUAAAAAAUAACUUUUUCAGAGGAAAAUUAAAAAUUUCAGAACACUCUUGCAAACAGCAUACGUUAAUUAAUUCAUGAGCAUAAUGUACUCCUGGUUUGUAGUUUAUGUUCCUUAUUGCCUGUAUUGAGAAAUAAGCCUAUACCAAAACUGUGGGUCCAGUUGAUUGGUUUGAAGUCUAGACCAAGAUAUUGUAGCUGCAUGGCUUUAAUCACCUUAUCAACAUCUAUGACAGAUUUUAA